AUGACUGGAACCAAGGAAAAUAAAACAAAGGAAGAAUCGAAAUCGAAAGCAAAACCGAAAGCUGAGCAAGUAACUGUUGCUGAGACUGAAGCUAAAACUGACGCCAAACAUAAAGCUUCUGAGCCUGAAGAAGAAGAAGAUGAAGGUAGCAGUGGUUCUAGUUCCACUACUACCAAAUCCAAGGCAAGCAAAGAAAGCUCUGAAGGUGAAGUGAAAGGAAGAGAUGAGAGUCAGCAAAUAGGCAAUGCACCAUUAGGAGGCAUUUAUAUAGAUCGGGAAGAAUAUUUGGCUGCUCAUAGAGAACUUACAAUGGAGCGUCAGCAUCAACAGGUUCUUAAUAACAUACUGCAUCGGAGGCUUGCUGAAUAUUACAAGAAACGUAAAUGCGAACAUGUUUUGAAACCUUUGGAAGGCGCUGUGGAUUUGGAAGAAAAAUAUCAACAGAAGCUACUUUCUUAUGAAGAACUCAAGGAGAAAGCUGAAAGGGAAAUUGCUGAUAUAAGAAAGAAAGUUAGUGAGGUCGAAGAAACGUAUGCUGGAAGGCAUGAACAUGCCAACAAGAAGUUUGAAGGAUUGCAACAUCUAGAAAGAUCCACUGGAUCAGGUCUUAUUUAUUCUAGAAAAGGGAAACCUAUAGCUGAUAAGACCGUAGAAAGGUUUCUCACUCUUCAAAGGCGUAAGAGUGAACAAUCUUCGGCUCUAUGUCUUCGAUAUAUACGAGCGAGGAACGCAGUUGCCGAACUUGAAGCCAUUGUGAAAAAUCUGGAAACUCUUGGACCGGGACUUUAUGUAUAUCAGUAUGAGCAGCUUAAUAUUGACAACCAAAAUUACAACACCAAGAUUGAAGAACGUGAAGACGAACUUAUAAAAAACCGCACGAAGUGUACAGAGCAUAACCAAAUCUUGGCUCACAUCAGAGAGAAGAUGCAUCACACUGACGAGGUCAUUGACUUUGCCGAAUGUGAUCUUGGGGACGCUGAAAUGGAAUUUUACAGGGCUCGAGAAGAUCUCGGCAUGAUUAAGAGCCGUCGCAAUAAACUUCGCUGGUCGUUGGAAGAAGAAAGGCUCAAAGCAGGUCUCCUAACGAGAAAAGAUUUACUGCGAGACUUCCAAGCUUCCUUGGACGAGGUGGUUCAAUUAGGACAAAGGAAGAAACAACUGGAGACUCAGGUAUCACGAGCCUCCAAAGAGUUGAGGCAUGCUCGCAAAACAGUACUGGCUCAAAGUAAUUUACACCGUCAUCAUGUAGGAUAA